GUAGCUACCAUACGGUGCCGCCAAAUCAACAAUUGUGAAAAGUCGGAAACUUCAGCACCAUAUUUAAAGAUGGCAGCCUCCAUGGCAAAAUUUUUACAGAAAAUUGGGGGUGGAUUGGGCCUGGUGGCCAGGAGAUAUCAAAGUCAAAACAGUGUUUCUAGUUUAUGGAAACUUGGGAAGCUGAACCAUGUAGCUAUUGCUGUUCCAGAUCUAGAAAAGGCAGCAAGCAUGUACAGGGAUGUACUAGGUGCAACAGUCAGUGAAACUGUGCCCCUUCCAGACCAUGGUGUCUAUACUAUAUUUAUUGAGCUGGGUAAUACUAAGCUAGAGCUCUUACACCCUUUAGGAGAUAAGAGCCCCAUUCAAGGUUUUCUGGAUAAGAAACCAGAAGGCGGUAUGCAUCAUAUUUGCAUCGAGGUGGACAACAUUGAGGAAGCUGUGAAGACUGUGAAAGAGAAUAACAUCAGACCACUAGGAAAGAAACCCAGUAUUGGUGCCCAUGGCAAACCUGUCAUGUUCCUACACCCAAAGGACUGCGGAGGGGUUCUCAUAGAACUGGAGGAGAAAUAAAGACUCUUAACGUCCUCCAAAGAUGUGCUUUACAAAUUCAGGAUUAUUAGGAAUUUGUUGAUGCCUUGACGAUAAGGACUUUGUACUGUCAUUGUGGACCAACAUCCAAAGUUGAGGACAUCAGGGAGACAGACUGUACUAGGUGUCCAUGCCCAUGGAUUCUGGAAGUUGCACUAUCCUCAUCCCCACUAGGAACUGAAGCACUCAAGGCUAUCAUAGUCUGACCUGUGGUCUUUCUUUCUCACAUGCUGUUGAUCGAGAAGGUUGAAGUCCUAUACCCUUUUCAUAAACCUAUCCUCCAAUUAGCCGCCUAAGAGUAAUGCGGAUAAUUCAAUAAAAAUUG